AUGCAAAUCCCUAGUGUAGAUAGCACUUACGUGUACCACCGGCCGCGAGGACCUCUAUUCUUUCCCUUUGUGCGCAUCUUCCACGCAAGGCCGGAGCUGGGUCGUCUCGUUAAGCAUCUCUCCGUCGCCCAAGUUCUUUUGCCUCACUGGCACUCAGACGCUCGGUGGAACAAUUUCUUGGAUUACGUGCCCGCUUUCAUAGAGGCGUGUGAUCAUGUGAGCCAUACCUACCUGUAUCAAGAUGCACAGACAUGCCAGUUUGAUCCCAUGCUAAAGUCUUUCGUCAGACACUUGAAUCUUCCGACGUUAACAACGUUUGACGAUGGGCGUGAUACUUUGUUCAUCACGUGUGCUCUCUCUCUGAUUCCUAAUCUGGAAAAGCUUGAGAUUGGUCUGGGAAACAACUGGUCGUUCCGAUGGUGCCGACCGAACUCUCUGACCUCUUUACGGGAGCUCACUAUCACGCAGGGAGUUUCUGAUGAGGGUCCCCCAGGUGGUGGUGCCAUUCGCGGAUUACUUGAAGCUGCACCAGGUUUAGAAAAGCUCGAGUUUAGUGAAGUUAUCCAUGAACUUCAUGAAAGUACAAGAACUCCAGCUGAGGUUUCUUCGGACAGUCUCCGACAUUCUUCCAUUUUCAAUCAGGGAGUUUGGUAUCAUGGGCGAAUCUGA